AUGUCUCGCUUCUUAGACAGCAUUUCCACCAUUAUCAGCCUCUUUCACGAAUACGCAAAGGAAGAUGGAGACAGCUCCAACCUCAGCCGAAGGAAGAUGAAAGAGUUCAUCCAGAGGGAGUUUGCAGAUGUCAUAGCUAAGCCACGUGAUCCUCAGACAAUUGACAAGAUUCUGCAAUUUCUGGAGUGGGAUGGUGAUGGGAAAAUAGAUUUUAAUGAGUUCCUGCUUUUGGGGUUCAGAGUGGCUCAGGCCUGCUACUGGUACCUUCCAAAGGGACCGGGCCUUCAUCAAAGAACGAAGCUGACAACCACUGUCAAGUCACUCCAAGAACCUGAAAUUAAGAACAGAGGGAAACAUCAGCAGCUCCAGGAGGAGGAACAACAAACCUGUGAAAGUAAUCAUCAUCCCCACCGUGAAACUAGGCUGCAACGAGACACCAGAGUCGAGUUUGAAACACAAGAGGAAACGAGGAGUCACGACCAGCAACGUAACAGACAAAGCAGAAAUGACGUAAAACGAAGCAGCGAGCCAGGGGAGACAGUCCCUCAGGUGCACGAAGAACAAAGCCAAGAGCCACACGACCAACGGAGCAGCCAAAGAAGACGUCAGCCUGAAAACAGCAGCCACCAGCCAUGUCAGUCUGAGUGCCUGGAGUCAAGGCGCCCACAUCAGUCAUACAUGCAGGAACCGCUAGAACUUGACCACAGGUACUAUGAAACCUAUGAUCGAAAAAGAGCUCUCUAUAAAGAUGAGAAGAAUCAGGAUUACAAGGUGGAAUAUCAAGAAAGUCAGAUAGACAUACGCCAGAAUCAGGAGUGGAAAGAACGAGAACGUGCAAGGAGGAAUGAUGCGGUAAAGGAGAGGAGGAUCGAUCCUCAAAGGGACCUGCAGGUCUACGAGCGCCGCAGCCGCCAAACAAGAGACAGGGAAGAGCGAGGUGCCACGAGCAACCAGAGAGAGACACGCGAGAGACGUGACUUUCAAGCAGACGAACCUGAAGACGAUGGAAGGAGACAACGUGAGUCCGUGAGGUACAAAAGGACACGAGAUAUUGCAGUAGCAGCAGCAGAAGCUGACGUGAGGAUCCAGCGCGAGUCUCGAGAACUGGAGCCACGUCAGGACACAAAAAGUAGGGACCGUCCUUGUGAGUCUGAAGAACCAGAGGAUGAGAGGAGGCUUGGCCGGGGAAGAGAGAGGGAAGAGCAACUGUGGGAGCGGAGCAGCGAUCGUCAACGGGAGCUGGAUGUCUACGAGCGCCGCAGCCGCCAAACAAGAGACAGGGAAGAGCGAGGGGCCACGAGCAACCAGAGAGAGACACGCGAGAGACGUGACUUUGAAGCAGAUGAGCCCGAAGACGAUGGAAGGAGACAAC